AUGAAAGAUAAUAUUAUUGGAGGGGAAAAUCCUCAAAGAAUGGUUUGGACCAUGACAACACCUUCAAAUGUUACUGUUGUUGAUGCUAAGACUGUAACAUUAACUCAAGGAACAAAAUCUUGUACAUUGAAAAUAUUAAAUCCGCCUGAUGGAGAAAUAUCUGUUGCAGAUAAUGUUCCUCCUCAUGAUUAUGAUGAACCUUCUGAUGGUUCAAUGCGUGUUUUGAUUAAAUCAACAGUUAAUUCGGCAGAAACAAAGCAAUAUAGAGUCACAUUAACACCAUCUUCGCAAUAA